UAGCGAAAAUGAAAUGUAAAGCAAAUCAAAUAUAUUUUUACAAAAUAAAAAAUUGACAAAAAAAGGUAAAAUGGAAAAGUUGCUCCAGUUUACCGUAAAAAGUGAGAAAGUGUUCCUAUACUGGGUGAUGUAACCGAUGACAAAAUGAAUUGUGACACAAGUUCGUAGGGUGGACUUUGCCAGUCUUAAUUAAUUCUUUAUAAAGUUGCUCAUCUGUAUUUAUAGUACAUUGUUUCCAAACCCGAAUAGUGCAAUAGAUAUUCGGAAGCUGUAGUACGAUUAGCACACCACAAACAUAAAUAUAAAAGGACAUUCCGUAGGGCUGUGAAGAAAUAAACAUCUGUGAAGUUUCGAAAACAGGAAUAACAAACAAAUCUUUAAGUGUUAGUGCCAAAUGAACUGCUGCGUUUGAGACUUUGAAUCACUUUCACGAGAUGUCUUUUGACGAAAAUAUCCUCAUCAUUCCAAGCUACCUAGACAAACAAUUUUUCAAAACUGCGCUCGAACAUGAAACGAAGGUAAAACAUAUUGAAAUCGUCAGCCUCAAUUUGAAGAAAGGAAGUGAACUUGGGGAGAACUACAUGAGCAACAUUUACCGAGCUACCAUAAUUUAUAAGCCGAACGGGGAUACUCUAAAGAAAGUGUCAUUGAUCAUCAAAACCAUUCCGAAAACCGAAGAUCGAGAGUUUCAGUACCAUCUAGAUAUCCAUAGAAAGGAAACAAGUCUAUACAUGACUGUUAUCCCCAAAAUGGAGUCAAUUUUGAAUGGAAUAAAAAUCGCUCCGAAAUGCUAUUACGCGACGGAUGAACCAGUUAGCACUCUCGUUUUUGAGGAUUUAAGAGCAGAUGGUUUCACCUUAGCCAAUACACAGAAAGGUUUGAGCGAAAGUGAGUGCAAAAUUGUUUUGGAGAAACUAGCGAAAUUCCAUGCAGCGUCUCUCUACUUGCUGGAUAAGCACCCAAAACUCCUUGGACAAACUAAAUACAAAUAUGGAUUUUUCACACCUGAAAGUGUAGAUGAUCCCGUAGUAGAGGCAUUUUUCGUGGAUAGUCUGAAAACUGAAAUCUCCGUUGUGGAGACUUGGCCAGGUUACGGCAAGUAUGCAGACCAAAUGAAGAGAAUAUACUUUACCAUUAAAGAAAGGAUCUUAGCUUUGAUGUUUCCGGCUCACGACGAAUUAAAAGUCUUGAAUCAUAAUGAUCUAUGGGUUAACAAUUUUAUGUUUAAGUAUUGUCCAGGAAAUCCUUCUUUACCGGUCGAUAUUCGUUUCUUGGACUUUCAGGCUAGUUUCCUUAUAAGUCCAGGCAUCGAUCUUAAUUACUUCCUUAAUACAAGCGUACAAUUUGAGGUAUUGAAAUCGCGACGAGAUGUUCUUAUCCAAAACUACUAUUACAAUUCUCUAAAGACAACAUUGGAGAGCCUGGAAUACGAGGAAAUACCAUCUUUGGAAACAAUUAAAAUGGAAAUUCGAAGGAAAGAAUUUUAUGGAUUUGUGUCUGCUGUUAGUGUGCUUCCUAUAGUAUGUAUGAAUCAAAUAGACUCGGACGAUUGUACCUUUGACACCUUUGCCAACAAGGAAACGGCUGAGAAAAAGCGGCUCGCAGCAUGUAGGACUAAACGCUUCGAGGAAGUGAUGAAAUAUAUGUUGAAACGCGCUGAGGAACUAGGUGUACUAGACUAGUGGAGGAUUUUUUAGGUGUGCAUGAAUAAAUUAGAUAGAUUAACCUGAUUAUCCAACAAACAUCAGAAACACAAGGUGCUAGUAAAUGUUAGUUUCUCCCAUUUGAAAAUUUUCAUUCCAUUCGCCAUCGACAAAGGUUGGAUAUUCGAGUUUUAAGCUAAGUAGAAAAGCAAAAUUAUGGAAACCACCUUUUCUGCAAAUUGUGCGAGAAUUCUAGCGACUGGUUGACCAUUUUGGUGUUAAGCACGAUAAGAAAGUGGAACUCCGGAAAGCGCUCAUCUCCCCAUGCUCCGCUAUAUUAUUAUUCGUUCGAAAUAUGUUUGAUGUCGCUAUCAAACACACUAAGAAGUGAUGCUAAACUAUAAAAUUUUAGCGGGAAUUAGAAGCUUUUACGCUUCAACGGUGAGUAUUAAACAAGAAAUAUGGAAAAUCUCGAAAUGAAUAUCUAAGUUGCCCGUUGAUAACUGUUGUGGCAGAAAGUUCAAACGAGUUGGAAAACCGGAAUGAACGCUUCAUGUAUGGAUGGUUUUGUGUAGUUCUUAUAUAAGAAUGUUUGAGUGGAUACUUUCCCCAUUUGUAUCUAGUUCAUAAUGUUUAUGUAUUUAGUUUUUUAGACUAUUCACUUUAGUGAGAUGACAUUCAAAAUUCUAGAAUGCAAUAAAUUUUCAAAUCAGUGUCAA